GCGCCUUCCCGCUUCUCACCUCUGACGACAAAGUUGCGCCGGCGUCCUGGUCUGAGAAGAGCGGGAGGAGGUGGCGGCCUUGGGAAGAUGCUGGAGACCUAGGCUCGCCACACCGGGCCCGACCUGAGUAGUGAGUGGAGAAAGAGGGUGGGAGGCGAGGUCGAUGUCUGUGGCCGGAGCGGACGGUGCAGAUUGCGAGCCGGCCUAAAAGGUUGGUUUCCUUUAAAGAUCUCUUUCCACGAGUGUCUGUCGGAAUCCAGUGUGCAGUUCUCAGUUCUGGGCAUUGAGGAUCCGUCCUAGGAUGGACCGAGCACGGUUACGGAGCUCAGCGGGAGAGGAUAUGGGAAGGUUAUGGUUGAUGGUAGAGACGUGGUGGAGGCUUGCUUUCUCUACCUUGUGUUACUUCGUAGGCACUGUGUCUCCGAUGUGCUUUUAUAUGUAGAGAGUGCUUUCAGAUUGCCAAGACGCCCUCUGCUCGAGAUUUAACCAUUUGUUUUCUCCUCUCUCUGACUGUUGGACGCACACCUUUCCGGAGGAUGGGAGAGGUGACCAAGGCUGCUCUUUGGCGUAAAUUGCAAUCGAUUAGGGAUCGUUUCUCAGACUCAAGUUAGAAGUGAGAGUUCAGAUAAGUGAGGCCGACAUUGCUGCCUUGAAGAAGGGGAGAAUGGAUUUAUCAGGAGUGAAAAAGAAGAGCUUGCUAGGAGUCAAAGAGAAUAAUAAAAAGUCCAGCACUAGGGCUCCUUCUCCUACCAAACGCAAGGACCGAUCUGAUGAGAAGUCCAAGGAUCGAUCUAAAGAUAAAGGGGCCACUAAAGAGUCAAGUGAGAAGGAUCGUGGCAGAGAUAAGACUCGGAAGAGACGCAGUGCUUCAAGCGGAAGCAGCAGUACCAGGUCUAGGUCCAGCUCCACCUCCAGCUCGGGCUCCAGCACCAGCACAGGCUCAAGCAGUGGCUCCAGCUCGUCCUCUGCAUCCAGCCGCUCAGGAAGCUCCAGCACGUCCCGGAGCUCCAGUUCUAGCAGCUCCUCCGGCUCCCCAAGCCCUUCUCGGCGCAGGCAUGACAACAGGCGGCGCUCCCGCUCCAAAUCCAAACCACCUAAAAGAGAUGAAAAAGAGAGGAAAAGGCGGAGCCCUUCACCUAAACCAACCAAAGUGCACAUUGGGAGGCUCACCAGGAAUGUGACCAAGGAUCAUAUCAUGGAAAUAUUUUCUACUUACGGGAAAAUUAAAAUGAUUGACAUGCCUGUUGAGAGGAUGCAUCCUCACCUCUCCAAAGGCUAUGCAUAUGUGGAGUUUGAGAAUCCCGAUGAAGCAGAGAAGGCUCUGAAACACAUGGAUGGAGGACAAAUUGAUGGCCAAGAGAUCACUGCUACUGCUGUGUUGGCACCCUGGCCUCGGCCACCACCUCGGCGAUUCAGCCCCCCUAGGAGGAUGCUUCCACCACCUCCCAUGUGGCGUAGGUCACCCCCACGGAUGAGGAGAAGGUCUCGAUCCCCAAGACGCAGGUCCCCUGUGCGUAGGAGGUCUCGCUCUCCUGGCCGCCGCCGCCACAGGAGCCGAUCCAGCUCCAACUCCUCCCGAUAAGCAGGGACAUUGAUUCGUACCUCUGUAACUUAUGUUCCCCAGACUCUGUUUUGUCCUUUUCUCUAGCCAAGUGAGGGUCUGUAGAGAAGGAUCCCUUACUGGGUACAGCAGUUGAGAUAUCUCCUCUACAGAAGGGUUCUGGCUUGUAGAGCUACUGUUGGUUCACGGCUGCUCCCAUAGAGGUGCCCUGUAGUUUUCUGGCUAGAAAGUUCAUCCCUUCAGUUCUUGAUAGGCUGGUAGCAGAGCCAGCUGGAACCUAUGGCAGCACACGGAUUUCCACAGAUGACCCAGAACCAGACAGCCUGGUCUAGCCCCCGCUGUGCCACACCUGUGCAAAGGACCACACUGCUCUUCUGUUCGGCCGACCAUGCCCUGCUGAGUACGCUUCAACUUAGAGGGCUAAAACCUUUGAAGGAUUCCUCCACAAAUGGUUACCUUUCUGUCCCCGUGUCUCUGUUACUUUCUAGAAUUUGUGAGCCAGUUCUACAGGGUCCUCAUGAAACCUACCCCACCCCGUUGUCACCUGCCAUUCAUGGUGAUGUUGCAGGUUAACCUUGGCAGUGUGUACAUUGCCCCUUUUUGCUUUUAUUGUACAGUCAGUACUAUAAAAUUUGUUUUGAGUUUUAUAACUUUGUAGCAUUUUAGAUAAGGUUGUGUUUGUACUUGUGUAGAGUGAAAGGACUGUUGAAUAAAACCUAGGAUUAGAAUGCAAA